CUACGGAGUGUAUGACCCCGCCUACGGUCGGAAACGCAGUGAGGACCUUGCUCGUGCCUGUGAAGGAGUUGUCUGGCGGUGUUUUAAACAGCUCAGGCUGGGGGAACCGUGGCCGUCAGCCCAGAGCGGAUUUAUCCAGAGCCCAGCAUGGGUUUCCUAACUGCCGUGACUCAAGGCCUGGUACGGGGAGCGGACAGAAUGAGCAAGUGGACAAGCAAGCGGGGACCACGCACCUUCAAUAAGAGUCGGGGUGCCAAGAAAACAGGCAUCUAUACUUCUGAUAGGAAGUUUGUGCAAAUAAAAGAAAUGGUCCCAGAAUUUGUUGUCCCGGACUUGACCGGCUUCAAGCUCAAGCCCUACGUUAAUUACCGAGCUCCUUCAGGCAUAGACACACCUCUGACCGCCAAAGCCCUCUUCCUGGAAACAGUUGCACCCGCUAUCGAAAAAGACUUUAAAGAAGGGACUUUUGAUGCUGACAACUUGGAGAAAUAUGGCUUCGAGCCCACACAGGAAGGGAAGCUGUUCCAAUUGUAUCCUAAGAAUUUCCCACGCUAGAAGACUGUAAUAGUGACCAAAGGUUUGUCUACAAAGUGGAGACAAUACCGACCAAGCCUUGGAUCCUGAGUGUCUCAGAGUAGAACAGCUUCCUUGUGCAUUUCUAUUAAAUGCCUUUAGUAUCUCAUACAA